ACCUCAUCGAAGAAGAAGUAGAACAUUUAAAAACAAAUUUAAAAAACAAAAUUACUAUGUAAGGAAGUGGAGGAAAGUCACUCAUCAACCCAAGUUGAUUUUGGCUAGCCAAAAGAGAGAACUCCAGGGUUAGCUAAUAAUAGCUAGGUGGCAGUCAAGUCUCUAUCAAACAGAAGAUCACAGGAUGGAUACUAGUGGGAAACCCUCCACAGCCCAAUUCCUGCUAUUAGCCACCAGCUCAGCACUGACUGCAGUCUUCUACUCUGUGUACAGGAGGAGGACAACAACAGUAGCAAGAUUAAAGGGAGCCAAGAAAGUGUCUAUUGAUCAGGAUAUGAAGAACAUCCUGACAGAAGCACCAGGAAAAUGUGUCCCGUACGCUGCUAUUGAAGGUGUUGUGAGAUCUGUGAAAGAAACCUUGAACAGCCAGUUUGUGGACAACUGCAAAGGGGUCAUCGAGAGGUUAACUCUAAAGGAGAAGAAGAUGGUGUGGAAUCGCACCACUCAUCUCUGGAACGAGAGUGAAAAGGUCAUCCACCAGCGUACCAACACGGUGCCGUUUGACCUGGUGUCCCACGACGAGGCUGUGGCAACCACCAUCCGGGUCAUCCGGCCCCUGGACUCCUCGGAGCUGGACCUGGAGACCACCUAUGAGAACUUUCACCCCACUGCCCAGUCCCUGACCAACGUCAUCGGCCACUUCAUCAGCGGGGAGCGCCCUAAAGGUAUCCACGAGAUGGAGGAGAUGUUGCGUCUAGGGGUGAGUGUGACCGGGGUCGGGGAGCUGGUGCUGGACAACAACCUGGUGAAGCUCCAGCCUCCCAAGCAGGGCCUGAGGUACUUCCUCAGUCGACUGGACUAUGACUCCCUGGUGGAGAAGCAGCAGAGCAGCGUCAGGUUCUGGAGGAUCCUGACCAUGAUGUUUGGUGUGGUUGCUUCCACAACGCUCUUCUUCAUCCUGUGGAAGCAGUGGUCUUACCAUAGACAGAGCAGGAAGAAGAAGAAUGUUCUGGAGGAAUUCAAGGAGCAGCAGAGGAAGAGGAUGAUGGAGCUGAAUGUGGAGGAGGCCAGUGUUUCCACUAGUGCCUGUACAGUUUGUUUGAGCCAGGAGCGUUCCUGUGUGUUCCUGGAGUGUGGGCAUGUCUGUGCCUGUGACCAGUGCUACCAGGCUCUGCCAGAGCCAAAGAAGUGCCCUAUCUGCAGGGCGACGAUAGAGAGGGUAGUGCCUCUUUAUAACGGCUAAUGGACAAUGCCAUGGGGAUGGCCAUUGUAAAUGGACUAAUCUAAUGUCACUGAAAAAAGGAUUGUGUCGGCUUAUUUUUCUGUUUUCUUUGCUUUUAUAAUGUUUAAUUGAAAGAUCAAGCUGACUUGUAGCUUGAUUUGAGUUAUAUCAGUUGAGGAAAACAUGUAAUAUCCAGGAUCCUUAGUUGUAGAAUCAGCUCAGAAGUUGAAUUUUUUUCACCUCAAUGUUUCUCCAAAGAACAUCAAAGCCAUUUUGAAUAAAUAAAGACAAACAAUAUAAAUAUAUCCUCAACCUAUUUUACAAAUCUGUAGGCCCUAUACUAUCCACACACAUUUAUGUACAUGUUUAUGGCUGCCAGGAGAGGGUGAUGUCUGCCUUGCAUACCUUUUCAACAGGGAUGAAAGAGUACAUCAUAUUUUAUGAUUUAUAUAAACCAUGGCAUUUGAGCUAAGCAGAAAAGGUACAGAAAUCAUGUACAAAAUAAAGCUAUUUGCAAAUUAAAAACCUUUGAUAAAGUA